AUGCGCACCAGCUCUGCGACCGCAUCAUCAUUUUUCAGAGUCUUAGUCAAUGCAAAGUUGAAAUUAUUUGCUGUUUUCUUGACGAUUACAACUAUUCUCCUUCUUACCCUAUAUUCGGAAAGCUUGUCUGAAAAGAUCUCGCCUGACGCAAAAGACGUAUUAGUGGACGAGAAAGACUACUGGACAUGGGAAACGAAAACCCAGUUUCGGAAAUCAGCUCCUGGCGAUGAUCAUAAUGUACCGAGCAAUGAGACAGCAUGCGACACAUUCCCUUCGGACGUGCUAUCGCGCAUCCAAAUCAUUUUGAAAACCAGCGCAACCGAGAACCCCAAACGAGUCGAUACGCAUAUGGCCUCUGUAACUCGCUGCAUUUCCAACUUGCUGGUCGUCUCCGACAAAGAGACACAGCUCCACGGUCACCAUGUAUACGAUAUUUUGGCCGAUUUGCCUCCCUCUGCUCGGGAGAAAAUUCCCGAAUUUGAAGGAUACGAUGCAUUACAACGUGGAGAAACCAACAUCGACGGCACAGCGGGCUGGAGGCUUGAUCGGUUCAAGUUCUUGCCCAUGGUAGAACGAGCCAAAAAAGUGAAUCCCAGUGCCGAGUGGUAUGUCUUCCUUGAGACAGAUACAUACUUUGUGUGGGACAAUUUGUUCCGCAUGCUUGAACAGUUCGAUCCAUCGUUCCCUCUAUAUAUGGGCUCACCCGCGCCGGGUCGCAAUAUCGGGGAAGGAAAAGUGAACUGGUUCGCCUAUGGUGGGUCUGGGUUUGUGCUCUCCAGGGCAGCAGUCGAUACACUGGUCGCGCAGGAGACUGGUAAAUAUGGGCAGUUUACUGGGCAAUCGCUCAGCGAGCAAUACAUGCAGGUCGUCACCGAUGACUGCUGUGGUGACUCUGUGCUUGGAUUUGCGCUUUAUGAAAAAGGGAUCACAUUGUCUGGAAUGUGGCCGAUGUUCAAUGCGCACCCGCUGGACUCAAUUCCCUUCGGAAAUGACGACCAUUGGUGCCAGCCUGCGAUCAGCAUGCACAAGUCACAAUUGAGUGAUAUGUUUGGGCUCACACAAUGGGAAAACAAUCGGGACAGGACGAAACCGCUACUAUACGCAGACCUGGUUGAUUACCAUCACCUAGGAACCUUGCCGGAGCGCAAAGGAUGGGAUAAUGGUGCCUGGGGCGGUGUCAUUGAACAACCGCAAACUCUGCCGCAACAUCAGUCACUGGAAGCCUGUCGUCAGGCCUGUCAAGAUAAAGAUUGGUGUAUGGCUUACACUUACGACACGGCUGGAGCCUGUGUGUUUGUUCGAACCAUACGGCUUGGUGCUCCUAGCAAGCCAGAUCUUGUCGACCAGUUCACAGCUGGAUGGGAUAACUCCAAAAUCCAACGGUGGCGGGCGAAUCACACGUGUGAAACACCGACUUGGGUGAAACCAAGUCUCACACGAAUCUUCUAG